AUGGGUUCCCCAACCUCACCGUCUCAGACCCAGAAGCCAUUGCGAUUGAUAGUCGCGGGUCUUUCUCGAACUGGAACUGCUUCACUAUACCUUGCUUUACAAGAGCUGGGAUACACGCCGUGGCAUAUGUGCGAGCCUGUGGACAACCCAAAGCUCAUGUAUACCCAAUGGACGGAUGCAAUGAAGCGCAAAUUUUUCAAUUCAGCCUAUCCUUAUGACCGAGAAGACUUUGAUCGCUUGCGAGGCAAGUAUGACGCGCUUCUCGACAUUCCCGCAUGCCUGUUCUGGGACGACUUCCACCGACUCUAUCCUGAAGUCAAGAUCAUUCUCACCUCGCGCUCUGCCGAUUCCUGGUUCAAAUCUGUCAGCACUACCAUAAUUCCAUGGCUUCAAAAGCCACUGCUGAACAUAGUGCAAUAUUUUGAGCCUACUCGGUUGGGGCCUGAGUUCUGUAUGGUCAAGACUGCUUACAGAGUUAUCUGCAACAAUGACUAUUCUAGUGAUUUUGCCAAGGACCGUUUCAUGGAACACAAUGACAGGGUGCGAAAGGGGGUCAGUCCAGAGAAAUUUCUCGAGCUUCAGCUGGGAGACGGGUGGAAGCCACUGUGUGAAUUUCUCGGCGUCCCUGUGCCAAAGAUACCCUAUCCGCGAGUCAACAACUCAAAUGAAUUCAAUCAGGGGGCGGACCAGGCUGACAGGGCUGUACUGAAAGGACUGUUCAUGACGUGGCUGGCGUGUGGUACUCUGAUUCCAGCAAUUCUGCUUGGCCUACUUUGUUGGAAGACCGGAUACAUAAUCACCUUUUGA